UCUUUGCCUUUCUUCUUCCUUCGCUGUACAUUGCCGUUAUAUCCUCUUCCUUACCCCUUUAUAUUCCCUAUCCCCAUCAUGCCAAUUCGCGACAAAGAAAGGAAGGCAUUGUUCAAACAUUGUCCCAAGCCGAUCAUUUCGUUUCCAACCCAGGUUCUUUGUUUUCGUUGAUGGUGUUGACAAUGCCCUUCACCCUCUGAAACAAAGGCGAAUCGCUCAAUACUGGGUAUAUAUGACGGGCUCAGCUGCAGUCCUCACCAAAGUCUUUGCUCUUCAUAACCAUUCGAUCUACGUGAACAACUGCCUUUCUCGACGCUAUGCCUCCCGUCAAGAACUUCCCCUGCUUCCCAGAGGGUGACGUUGAGAUCCGUUUCAUCACAGGUGCCCUAUAUUACGUCCUCCACAGCACCACACUGACAAGCCACUCUGACUUCUUCCAGAUUGCGUACUCCUCACGCUGGAACGCAAAGGAGACAAAUAUGGAUGGAGAGGCCAACGAGCAGCCCGGAACAGUCUACGAACUCCGCUUCGAGAACGCCGUCGACCACAACAGCUUCGACGAGGUCGGAUUUCUCGUUUCCAAAGACGACGCCAAAGAAGGCACGGAGAUGAUGACGGUGCAAGACAUCCCGCCUGAAGACAUCCCCUGGGUGUGCACGUUCGAAGAGCAAGUGCAUCUCACGCGACUUAGCUCUGCCGCCGCCCACGACCGCUUCUUCCAAGUGCUGUACCACGUUAUGCCUGAGUACAGCGCCGACCGCUGCAUCGCCCGGAGCCAGCUGCUGAUGACGUAUCAGGUGGCCAGGCUGUACGGCAGCGAAGAUCUCAUCCGGCAUUCCAUCGAGAGACACCUUCUCGACCACCGCGCCGAAGUCCUCGAAGACUGUGCUCGCCAAUCGGCGGAGCUGAUGUGCUUCGCCUACUCGCUCAAGAUCGACUGGGUGUUCAAAGAAGCGGCCACGGUCCUCAUCAGCCUUAACAACACGGAUUUCAACGGCUUCCCGUAUGUCACCCAUUGGGAUGCCCCACAGCUGACGCCCUGGGUGUACAACAAGCGCCUGCAGUUCGUGGCAAAGCUACUGAAAAUCGAGUUGGCGCUGAGGGGUCUUCAACCCAUGAACUUCACCUGCGCCAACUGCACCUAUGCCCGGAAUUUCUACCAGGACUGGCUGACUCGCCGUUUAGCCCGGGGCGAGGGUUCCGGUCUCUUGGGGCGCUACGCAAGCAUCUACCAUUUUCUGCAUCACCGUAAGUGGGUGUCACCGGACCCCAAUCAACCCUUCUCCAUCGAAAUCCAGGACUUCAUCGCGCAGUCCAACCUGCCUGUGGUCGACGAUCUGCUGAGGCCGCAUAUCAACGAGCUCUUUGAUCGUGCCACCGCGGUGGUGGCGGAGAUCAUGAAGGACGCUACCCUGCGUGGUGGUAGAUUUGAAGAUUUCCCUGAGUUUGAGCAGGCGGCGAACGCGCCGGCGGAGCCGUUGAAGUUCAUGAAGAUCGAGGAUCAUGAGCUGCCGUGGGCGCCCCAACCACAACCUGUGGCUGCUCCUGCUGCUCCCCCUCAGCAGAAUUAAGUUGAAUAAACGAUUUGGCAGGUUCGUCAAUGGUGGAGACAAGAUGGAGAAGAAGUAAAUAAGUUGGACUCAGUGAUC